AUGCUCGUCGUCGGCCUCACUGGCGGUAUCGCAUCAGGCAAAUCCACCGUUUCAACCCUCCUCGCCAAGCAUGGGAUCCCCAUCAUCGACGCCGAUAUCCUCGCUAGGGAAGUCAUCGACCCCGGUACACCUGGCUUCCGCCGCGUCGUACAGCAUUUUGGCCCGGACCGGGUCUUGCGAGAGGAUGGGACGCUCGACCGAGCCGCUAUAGGCGAUAUAGUCUUUCAUGACCCUGAUCAACGGGCAUGGCUGAACGGUCUCGUCCAUCCCCUCGUGCGUCGCGCUAUCGUCGCUCGGGUCUUUCGCUACUGGAUCACAGGACACGCUGUCGUCGUUCUGGACGUCCCGCUCCUCAUUGAAGCGGGGCUAUGGCGAUUCGUCGGCGAAAUAGUCGUGGUGUUUGUAAACGAACGACUCCAGCUCUCUCGGCUACUCUCACGCCCCUCCAAUCCCCCUCUGACCGAACAUCAGGCCCAAGCCCGUAUAUCCUCCCAACUCCCCCUCUCCGCCAAACUCGCCUACUCGACCCAAGUCCUCGAUAAUUCCGGCGCACCGUCGGAUCUCGCCGCACAGGUGGAUCGCCUAGUCAGGAGGUGGCAUAAGCAGCAAGGAGGGGAUUUGGGGUGGUGGUGGCGCUUGUGCUGGGUGUUGCCACCGGUAGGAGUGACGGCGGGGUUGCUGUGCCUGGCGGGCAACUGGGUGCGGUCGUUGAGGCGCAAAGGACGACGGAGGGGGAGAGGGGAGGUGGACCGCAGAGAUGGAGAGAGGAUAGAGAUGAGGGAUAUGAAGAAGAAGAAGGGGAGUAUCACGGAUGCAGACUGA